AUGUCCACACUUGCAACAGUAGAGCCCACCAGCGCCAAGGCACCUGUCUUGACUGAAGGGGAUGUUUCCCCAGCUGUGAUGAUGGAUUUUGAAAAUGCGGCGCUCGACUUCUUCGUCUCGAAGUCCAUUCCUGCUGAGAAACAGGUCACAAUGAUAAUCCCGGGUAUCAAAGACCUCAGGAUUCAGGAUUGGAUUGCCGCUGAACGCACGCGACUUGUCACGCUCGAGUUCCCUGCCUUCAUGUCUGAAAUGCGGGCUAACUACUUGCAUCAGGAUUGGGAGGAUCAGAUCAGGAAUAAGAUCCUUACCUCUACUCUCACGUCGUCAAAGACUUCCUUCUGGAAUUGGUCCCAACAGCUCCUCAAGUUGAACUGCCUCCUUCGGGGAACCACCUCAUUCUUCGACGACACCGCUCUCCGUAAUCACCUUGAGGCCCACCUAGACGACGAGCUACGUGCGCGUCUCAAAAACAGUGAGGCGCGCAAGGAGAAGGCACUCAAACCGUGGAUCAACUCUGUCCGCAUCAUCGACGAGGCUCGAGCAGUCGAAAACAAAAGAGCUCGUGAACUCAUUGAAGAGACUAUCGACCGCCAGGCGAAACAUCAGAACACGAAGACUGAUGUCUUGCGUGGUUCGUCCCGUCGGGCAAACACGUCCCAAUCAAACUCGACGUCUGCCAACUCUUCCAGCUCUUCGUUCGUCAAGCUUCCCCCUCUCACCGACGAUGAACGAGCACUCCUGAAUGAACACGAUGGCUGCACCAAAUGUUGUCGUUUCUACUGUGAUCAUCAUUCUCAAUCAUGCCCUGAUGGUUUCCCCUCUGGCAAGAACUACAAAACACUUACCGUCGCAUUCGCGCUAGCUGCCAAGAAGGCUAAGGCGGUAGCUAAGCAUACCGCCAAACCCGUUGCCGCCACCGCCGCCUCGAUCGAGGAGGUCGACUCUGACGAUGACCUGUCUGCCACAGUGGCAGUUCUCCCAAACUCGCCUGGCAAUUACGCGUCGGACUCUGAUGAGGACUGGGAUGUGUCGCACCGUGAUGUGAGUAACACGUCUAUCCGAAGCAAACAUUUAAUCUGGAAUUGUCAAAUCAACAGUCUGACGAAUGACUUUCCAGUGAAAACGCGCGCUCUCAUUGACAACGGUGCACACCUAGUGCUCAUCCGCCCUGAACUCGUCGAACGCCUGGGACUGAAGCAGUAUAAAUUGAACAAACCGGAAUUAGUCGACGUCGCCUUUAGCAAUGGAAAGAAGAAGAAAACCGAACUGUAUUUUUAUGUUAAACUCGCACUCUCAUCAUUGGACUCUGCAUGGACUUCUCAUGUCGUAAAAGCUCUUGUUACACCUGGACUCUGUUUGCCAAUUAUUCUGGGCCUCCCUUGGCUCGAACGGAAUUUUAUUGUUACGGAUCACGCUGCACGGACAUGUAUAGAUAAAAGGAAUUCAUAUGACUUGUUGAACCCCCCUGACAUCGUACCGCCGCCGCCUCCCAAACCUCGUCUGCAACACGUCAAAGACUUUGACGUCGCCGGUGCUGUCCGUGAUCGUAUCGAUGUUCUUGUUGCACAGGAACAACUGGCAACACGUGAAACUGCUUUGAAAACAGAAUACAAGGAGAUUUUCGAACCUAUUCCUCACGCCGACGAAUUACCUCGAGAUAUUGUCGCUGAAAUUCAAAUCAAGAAUGCUGAAAAGACUAUUAAAUCACGCUCGUAUCCGUCACCGCGGAAAUACAAACAAGCCUGGCAGAUUUAA